AUGGGUGGUGAGGGAGGAAAGUGUAAGUGUGAUGGUGUAGUUGUCAGUGGUGGGGAUGGGAUAUUGAAAUCGAAAUUGGUCGCCAAAGAGAAGAAAAGGAUAUUCAUUAAAGAAGAAGGAAGAAUGGGACGGUGGAAUCAGUCUCCGGUGGCGAUAGCCGUCGCUAUAGCGGUGAUGGCGUUGGGCCUCUUUUCAAUCUCAGCCACAGCAGCAAGGCCCUGCAAGACCUUCCUCGUCUCCUCCUAUUCCAUCUCUUUACAUAGCCCUAACGACCCUUCCCACGCUGUCUCCUCCCGAUUCGUCGCCGUCUUCACUGAAAUCGCCCAAUCGAAUCCCUUACCCAUACCCGCCGAUCCCAAACCCUCCCAUAUUUUCAGCUCUCUCCGUGAUCUCAGCAGGGACAUUCUCAGCGUGGUCGCCGCUCUCCUCCUCGGUGUCGGCUGCGGCGCUCUCACUGCCGCCACGAUCUACUUGGUCUGGAUGAUCUUCACGGGCAGUCGCGAGUACCACGAGGAUUACGAGUCUAGCGAAGAAUUUAGUCCUAAAAAGAUGGGGUAUGUUAACAUUCCUCCGAAUCCUGCCGGCGACGUUAAGGAAGACGCCCUGUGA